GACCUCUUAUAUAUUGCCAGAUGCCACCCAAAGCAGGGGAUUUGGUUGCCGGCCCAGAGGCUUUUUUCCUGGGAUGUGUGCCAAGAGGUGUGCUUUGGGCGGUGUAGGAAAUGUCAAAUUUGCUCAGGUGGGUUGCCUGACCAAGGAGGACUGCCAGGCCCAUCCUCCUCCUCCUCCUCCCCAGCCAGGAGCAGCAUGACCUCCAGCCAGAUCGCGAUGCCCGGGGAGCUGAAGGCCGACCCCUCGGCCCUCCUGGCCUCCCUCCAGCUCCUGCCCUCCCCGACCCACAACCUGGAGGCCAAGCACACCAAGAUUUUUAUCAACAAUGAAUGGCAAAACUCAGAGAGUGGGAAAACCUUUCCCGUCUACAACCCGGCUGUGGGAGAACAGAUCUGCGAGGUGCAGGAGGCCGACAAGCCGGAUAUAGACAAAGCUGUGAGGGCUGCUCGCCUGGCCUUUUCUCUGGGCUCCGUGUGGAGGAGGAUGGAUGCCUCAGAGAGGGGAUGCCUCCUGGAUAAACUGGCUGACCUGGUUGAAAGAGACCGCGCUCUCCUGGCUACCCUGGAAUCGCUCAACAGUGGGAAGCCCUUCCUGCAAGCUUUCUACGUCGACCUCCAGGGUGUCAUCAAGACCUUGCGCUACUAUGCUGGCUGGGCCGACAAGAUCCAUGGGACUACCAUCCCUGUGGACGGAGAUUAUUUCACCUUUACAAGGCAUGAGCCCAUUGGCGUGUGUGGACAGAUCAUUCCAUGGAACUUUCCCUUGCUGAUGUUUGCCUGGAAGAUCGCGCCAGCCCUUUGCUGCGGCAACACUGUGGUGAUCAAGCCAGCGGAGCAGACCCCGCUGACCGCUCUCUACAUGGGGGCUCUGUUGCCACAGGCAGGAUUCCCACCUGGAGUGGUGAACAUUUUGCCAGGAUUUGGACCCACCACCGGUGCAGCCAUCGCCUCUCACAUGGGGAUAGACAAAGUGGCUUUCACUGGAUCUACUGAGGUGGGGAAACUGAUCCAAGAAGCAGCUGGGAAAAGUAACUUGAAGAGAGUGACUCUGGAACUGGGGGGAAAGAGCCCCAAUAUUAUAUUUGCAGAUGCUGAUUUGGACUAUGCGGUGGAGCAGGCCCAUCAGGGAGUCUUCUUCAACCAAGGCCAGUGCUGCACCGCUGGCUCACGGAUCUACGUAGAGGAGCCGAUCUACGAUGAGUUUGUCCAGAGGAGCAUUGAACGGGCCAAAAGGAGGGUGGUGGGCAGCCCAUUUGACCCCACCACGGAGCAAGGGCCACAGAUUGACAAGAAACAAUACAACAGGAUCCUGGAGCUGAUCCAGAACGGGAUUUCAGAAGGUGCCCGUCUGGAGUGUGGUGGCAAAGGCCUGGGGCGGAAGGGCUUCUUCAUUGAACCGACUGUCUUCUCCAAUGUGACGGAUGACAUGCGCAUUGCCAAGGAAGAGAUCUUUGGGCCGGUCCAGGGGAUCUUGCGGUUUAAGACCAUGGAGGAGGUGAUUGAACGGGCCAACAAUUCCAACUUUGGGCUGGUGGCUGCUGUCUUCACCAAUGACCUCAACAAGGCCUUGACCGUCUCCUCCGCCAUGCAAGCUGGAACUGUCUGGAUAAACUGUUACAACGCUUUAAAUGCUCAGAGUCCCUUUGGGGGUUUCAAAAUGUCUGGCAACGGGAGAGAAAUGGGAGAGUGCGGACUGCGCGAAUAUUCAGAGGUGAAGACGGUGACGAUAAAGAUUCCUCAGAAGAACUCGUAAGGAGAGCUGGAAAGGGUUGUAGGACCCGCCUCAUUCCUUCAAGGGGACUGGCACUCAGGAAUUUUUAACAAGUGACACUGAGCUUUUGGGGUUAUGUUUUUGGUUUUUUUAAAAUAUCAUUGCAACUAGGUCCUGAGUUCAACUUGCUGGCCACAAACAAUGCCUGCAGGAAACCAUUUCAGAAAUGCUCAGCUCAUAACAUGCAUGGACACAUGUGUACGCAUACCCUCAGAGACUUUUGCUGGAAAAGAAAGAACCCCCCCCCCCACACACACACACACCUUGAAUGGCUUUUUGCACCAGGACAGCUUCAGUUUGCUUUAUUCGACAGUGAGCUCUGCAAUAUGACUCAAGCACAGCAAAAACCAGGUGUGAACCACAUUCCAGAAAUGCAAGGCAUCGGCUAAAAAGGACUGGGUACGGCCACCCAACUUGAGCAUCUGGGCCACUGGUUCUUGAAAGCAUAAUGGAGUCCUGAAACACUUUCUACUCUCUUUUCCUACAAAGCAAGUUAGUAGCCCUCCUUAUUUCAGAGAAACUUGGGGAGGGGGGGGGGACUAAAUCCUUCAACCAUGCAAUUUCGAGUUUCCUUCUGUGGCAGGAGUUUGUAUGUUUGUGAGGAAACAGCUUCUCUUUCAGACAUUUAGAAAUGAAACAACUCAUUGGUUGAGCUUCACACACAAAAAAUAAAAAAGAGCAUUUCUGUGUUAAACUGUACUUACCUUUGCAGGAAGGCAGCAGCUGCAUGACAUGGGAGUAGAGUAGCUUUGGCCAUGUGUUGUCCUAGGGAAAGGAGGACUGUGGGGGAAAUGUGUACGGAGCAUCCUGAUCCUCUUCAGCUGCAUCCCAGAUCUCUCUUUGGGAUCUGAGUUGCAACUAAUGGCAGCAGCAGAAACAUUCUGGUGAAAGAAGCAUCUGCCGAAAUGGAGCCAGUGACGGUCCUUCUCCAGAUGUGGCUGGACUUCAAUGCUCAGCAUCCCUCCCUACUGGUUGGGCUGGCUAAGGCUUCUGGGAGUUGCAUUCCAGCCCCAUUUGGAGAGCUGCCUGAUUCAUACCAGUCAACUGUGCCCUGCAGCUGAAUUUCCCAGAGACAGCAUUGUGGCAUUUUUGGACUGGAAGCCACUUCUGUGUAGAAAACACACCAAGUCCAAAGAAUUUGUCCAUCCAAUGAAGUCCAGUCUGAUCUCCUCUGACUGGCUGCAAUGGCUCUCAAUGGUUUGGACAUAGAAAAGGGUCUUUUCUACUAAGUGAAAAGGAGAUGACACAUGAGCUGAACCUGAGAUCUACUGCAUGCAGUGUUUUUGUAAAGUGUGUGUGUGUGUGUGCACGCACACGCACAAUGCAUGGAAACAAUGCAUGGGAACAUACUGGGGUACACCUGAGGACAGGGCAACUGUAUGUGUAACUUUGCUUUGUCUCUAGAAGGGGUUUCCACCAAAGGUGUGGGUCACAGUUAUUCUUCCUCUGUUUUUAACCUUCUCUUUUUUCCAUUGAACUCUGGGCAAGGUGCAAAGUCCCUUUGCUAUCUUCUUAUCACAACAGCCCUGAGUGGUAGAUCAGGAGGAGAAAAGGAGAAAGAUCCUAACAGAUCCCUCAUUAAACUACAUGGCUGACUGGGGAACUGGUUCUCUCUCUCUCUCUAGUCCUAGAUUGGCCUUUAUACCCAAGUGAAAGUGAUUACUGGCUAAAUUAAAUAUACAGCUGUUUUUUAAUUUCCUUAAAAGUCCAUUUGGUAUUUGUUUGUUUUUUUAUUCAGCCUAGGCUGAGCUUGUGAGAUUCCAUCCCUGUUCCCUGGAUGAAAAGCAGAGACUUUGCAUUCUUUUAAAAUACUAUAUCCAACUGUAACAGGUAGUUUGCCUCUCAAAUAUCCCCCAUUCCACCUGAACAAAUCCAACCUCUGACAAAACCUUGCCCAGUUUAACCAGGGAGCAAAUAAGACACCUUGACCUCAGCAGAGCACCAUGAAAUGCUUGCAAUCACUAAAUGUUUGCAAGUUUCUGGAUGCAAUUCAGGAAGGCACAGAGCCUUCCCUAAGGUUGCAUCCAGGAGCACUUUAAGUCCCAAAUGCAAAAGUUGCAUUUUUGAGCAGGCGGUCAUGGGUUUUGUUUGGAUUUUUGAAGGACAGCUGUGUGUACUCAGCUGUUCGUGUUUGUUAAAGCAUCAUUAUGUUUUUUAUUAUUAAAACAAAAUCUCCUCAAAUGACUCCUUGUGUCAGAAAUGCUAAACUCUGAAGUCAGCAAAUGUCUUCCCACAUUUCGGCUGAAGGGCUGUGAGCCAGCAUGCAUCCGGGUGCGGCUUCCGUUGGCCGAGAGAGAUUUGGGGCCAAGGCUCCCAGAACAGGUCCCUCCACUCCAGAGUCCACCUGGUUCAACAACCAACCUCCUUGGCUUCCCACCAUGGCCAUCUUAAGAUAGUUUGGUCCUUGAAACAAAGGCCUGAAUCCAGUUGAUAGUCCCAACUACGUGAGACACAUUGAAUACAUGAAUGUGACUUAACUGUUGACUUGCCAGUGAACAAUUGAUUCAAUGCAUCUACUCCAGUUAGGCCUACCAAUAGGAUCCUAACUCUAACCCAUAUCCCAGAUGAGAGUUCUGUAGCAUACAUCUCCACAUGUGGACUUAGAUGUCAAUUGUGUAAAAUGGCAGGACUGUGCCACUGAAUGCACUCCAAAAUGUGCAACCAAAUGCACAGCCAGAUGCAUAUUCCAUGAGCACACACAUCUCAUAUGCAGAACAUGUGUGCAACAAUGCCAUAUGUGCAGCUCUCUUUCUGCAAUCUUGAGCUGCAUGUGAGCAUUUUGCAUUGAAUAAAAAUGCCCGUCUGCUUCCCAGAGGAAUGUUGGCAAGUGUUUAAGGCACGCUCCAGACAAACUGCCUCUCCUUCUCCUGGUCCCAUUUCCACUGGAAAGUUAUCUUUCAUGAAGCUCAUUGAAACAAUGGAGAGAGGCUCAAGAGUGCAUUGCUUUCAGUGGGGCUUUGGGGCCUUAUGGAUUGGUUCCCUUUGGGCCAAAAAAACCUCCAUCUCAACCUCUGGGGUUUUUACCCUCAGUUUUCCUUUCCUUAUACUAUGACUCCCCCUUCGCUGCUUCCCAUCUCCCCAUUUAUAUUUAUGUCACCCCUCUUUAUUUCCUUUUAUUUCUUUUCUCUCCCCUUUGACAGAUGCAUAAUCCAAGCUGUUCCUUUUUCCUUGGCAUGUUUGCAAGCAAAAAAAGUUUAAAAGUUAUGUAAAUUCCUGAGCUGUGCAACAUGAAUGUCAUGCCCUCCUACUGUAGUGUCAUGUCAGAGAAUUUCUUUUGUCUUAAUGCUUUAAAAACUUGGUUUUCUUACGAUCUCCCCCAUAUUCCUUGCAAAAGGAAAACUUUUGUUUCCUUUGUUCUCCCCUGUUGCAUUCCUUUGGAGGACACCUGUGCUAGCAAUAAGCAUUUAUAUUGUGUAUCCUUCUCUGUAUUACGUGUGUGGUGUCUUUGUGUGUUAUUCCAAAUAAAUCCAGAUAACAACUAA